CAGAUUUUGACACCAUGUUGAAACAGAAACAGAGGAGUCUUGUGUAUGUUACUGAUGCUCUCCUGAUUCUGGUCCUUGUGGUGCUAAUGCUGUUGCAAUUUCAGAAUGUAAUGGUACUAGCCAGAGUGGAGAACCAUACAAGAUCAGACUUCCCAUCUGACUUUGUUUUUGGUGCUGGCACUUCCUCAUAUCAAGUAGAGGGGCCUGCUCUUGAAGAUGGAAGGACUCCUAGCAUUUGGGAUACCUUUGUCCAUGCCAAUAAGUGUCUUUCUAAUGGAGCCAAUGGAAACAUAGCAUGUGAUCAGUACCACAAAUACAAGUUUCACAAUGUAAUGGUAGUAGCUGGACUGGAGAACUAUACAAGAUCAGACUUCCCAGCUGACUUUGUUUUUGGCGCUGGCACUUCUGCAUAUCAAGUAGAGGGAGCAGCUUUUGAAGAUGGAAGGACUCCUAGCACUUGGGAUACUUUUGCUCAUGCCAAUAAAGGUUUUUCUAAUGGAGCCAUUGGAGACAUCGCAUGUGAUCAGUAUCACAACUAUAAGGAAGAUGUCCAACGCAUGGUUGACACAGGUUUGGAGGCUUACAGAUUCUCUAUUUCCUGGCCAAGACUUAUUCCUAAUGGAAGAGGUCAUGUCAACCCCAAGGGUUUAGAAUAUUACAACAAUCUCAUCAAUGAACUCCUCAUGCAUAGAAUUCAACCACAUGUCACACUGUUUCACUUUGAUAGCCCUCAAGUUCUUGAAGAUGAAUAUGGGGGAUGGCUUAGUCUGAAAAUGGUGAGAGACUUUACUGCCUUUGCUGAUGUAUGCUUCAAGGAAUUUGGAGACAGGGUUUUGCAUUGGACUACCUUAAAUGAGGCCAAUAUAUUUGCCAUUGGCGGUUAUGAUAAUGGAAUUAGUCCCCCAGGGCGCUGCUCUCUGCCAUUUGGACUGAUGUGUACCGAGGGUAAUUCCUCAACUGAGCCAUAUAUUGCUGGUCAUAACUUGCUGCUGGCACAUUCAUCUGUUGUGAAGCUAUAUCACACAAAGUAUAAGGCCAUUCAACAUGGUUUUGUGGGACUAAACCUCUUGGCUCCUUGGUUUUCUCCAUAUUCUAAUGCUACAGAAGAUGUAAUUGCAACUCAAAGAGCCAUUGAUUUUUACCUCGGUUGGUUCCUCCAUCCAUUGGUUUUCGGAGACUAUCCUGACAUUGUAAAGAAGAAUGCUGGCAAGAGGAUUCCAGCACUUACUCCGCGUGAAUCUAAGCUAAUUAAGGGCUCAUUUGACUUUAUAGCGUUGAAUUAUUAUUUCAUAUUCUAUGUCAGGGACAAUCCUAGCAGCCUUAAUAUGAAUAUCAGGGACAUAACUGCUGAUAUGGCACUAAACAUCUUCUUUGAGCCAGAAGAUGCACCACAGAAUGAGAAUGAAGUUGAAGCAUCCGGUCUUUUUGCACUUUUGGAGUAUGUCAAGAAAGUUUAUGCCAAUCCACCUAUUUACGUCCAAGAAAAUGGUGUAGGAACCAAGCGCAAUGGAACACUAAUCGACACACCAAGGGUGCAAUAUAUGCGUUUAUGUAUCGGGACUUUGCUCGAUGCUAUAAAAAAUGGAUCAAACACCAAAGGCUACUUCGUAUGGUCUUUCUUAGAUGUUUUAGAGUUACUCGGUGGCUAUCAGACUGGUUAUGGCCUGUACUACGUUGAUUUGGAUGACAAGCAAUUGAGAAGAUACCCAAAGCUCUCUGCACAUUGGUACUCCAAUUUCCUCGAGGGAAGAAGCAUCAGGCCUGAUGAGAUUCUUCUUGUUGAUAACAAAACCUUUGUUUCUUCAACGUCAAAAUUAUCUGAUCACUAAUCCAUAUUUUUAGCCAUUUCUCUCUUUCUUAUGACCGUUUCAACUCAAUUUGUGGCUAUUGUCAUCUCUGUUGAGAUUCAGCAUAAGAGAUCUUGUGAUAUUGCUCAAAAUCCAUUACAGGAUUUUUGAAUCUGUUUCAUUACACCAUUAAAUCUUCUUAUGAAUCAAAGCAAGAAGCAUAGUCUAGUUGCUAAUUUUGGAUAAUCUAUUUGGAUCUACUUUGUUCACAAGGCAUUCAAUAUUGGGGCAGAUGCAAUUAAGAU